CUGUCGGCGCAGCAGCUGCUGGAUUGCUCCCGGAGCUACGGCACCGAUGGCUGCCACAGCGGCUUUCCCCAGAACGCAUUUGAAUACCUCGUCGACACAGGCAAUGGCCUCUCGAUCGCAUCGGAUUACCACUUCACAGGUUUCAAUGCCACCUGCCGAAAACAUAACCGCUACUCCGUCGGCAUUGACGACUACGACAAUCUCUAUGGCUCCAGCGACGACACGGACAUGGUCGCGCAGGUUGCCAAGCAGCCCGUGACAGCUCUAAUCGAUGGCAAUGCGCCAGAGUUCCUUCGCUACAAAGGGGGGAUUUACAAGGGCCCAUGCAAAGAUGACCAGGCAACUCCGUAUCUAGCGGUGCUCAUCGUCGGCUAUGGAUCCGAAAACGGCCAGGACUACUGGAUCAUCAAAAACUCGGCGGGGACAAGCUGGGGAGAGCAAGGCUACAUGAGGCUGCAGCGUGGAAACCAUGGCCUUCCACUGGGUCGAUGUGGAGUGAAUGGCUUCGUCUACUUUCCCGUCAAACAGAAGCCACCGCCAUCUCCACCACCGCCAUCUCCGCCGCCACCCUCUCCUCGACCGCCACCGUCGCCCCCGGUUCCGUGCAGUAAAAGGAUUAGCUGCAGGUCGCUGAUUCCAACCUUUGCGUGCUGCCCUCCCAGGGCCAGACCCUGCUGCUGCCCCUGGUGGAAAAGAUGUGGUGAGUAUGGAUGCUCUCUUUAAACACUUACGUGUAUAAGAGCACAAGAGACAUUUCAGCAUCUUAAAUAUCGAGCCUUUCCUUCAAAAGGUCUGGUGGCAUGACUUCUCUUAUGUCAUGGCUCCUUCAGACUUCAAAUCGGCAAAAUAGGCUUCGGGUUAUCUUUU